AUGGGGGCAGAAAUUUCGCUGCUUCCCAGCACUUACGUGAAGAACAAAACUCCGACCAAUUUCAACCUUUACGCAGCAAACAAUACGCGUAUAGAUACAUAUGGGGAGUCGUUCCGAACGCUACAUUUAGGGAUACGCCCGAUCACAUGGAAUUUCUGCGUAGCAUCAGUUCCGUACCCGAUUAUUGGGGCCGACCUGAUUGCACAUUAUGGUCUCCUUCCGGACCUUAAAGAUCACAGACUCAUCGAUUCACAAAAUAAUGUGUACGUGUCGGGCAUUGUCAAAUCGGUCACCAGUUUAAAACAGGUAACUCCGAAUUGCAGUAGCGAUGUUCGUCAUCAUAUCAUUACCAUGGGCCCGCCGGUAGCUGAGCGCCCCAGGCGGUUAAGUCUGGAAAAAUUAAAAGCGGCAAAGGCUGAAUUUCAACGGCUAGUCAAAGCCGGUAUUUGCCGUCCGUCCAGUAGUCCAUGGGCAAGUCCCAUUCACAUGGUACCGAAAAAAGACGGAUCAUGGAGGAUCUGCGGCGAUUACCGUCGUCUUAACGCAAUUACCGUGCCGGAUCAAUUUCCCGUACCGCAUUUGCACGAUUGCUCCUCUAAUUUGCGUGGGAAAGUUAUUUUCUCUAAGCUAGAUCUGUAUCAGGCAUACAAUCAAAUUCCAGUGGAGCUUCGGAAGAUAUUCCGAAAACGGCUGUCAUUACGCCCUUCGGGCUGUCUGCGUACUUAUGUCCGCCUUGACACCGGCGCAUCGCCUGUGGAAUUUGUCUAUGGAACGACACUGCGCGUCCCCGGAGAAUUUAUACUGCCGGACGAUUUCACUCCUAGUCCGCAAAUUUUCAUAGAGGAAUUCCGCGAGCAUAUGCGCAAAGUUAAGCCAAUCUCGAUAGAGCAUAAGCACAAGAAACGCGCAUUCGUAUUUAAAGAUUUAUAUUCAUGUUCCCAUGUUUUUCUACGAGUGGGCGGUACCAAGAGAACAUUAGAGCGUCCCUACACCGGCCCUCAUAAGGUUAUAAAUCGUUAUGUUUCGAAUCGAGUUUUCGGUAUUGAAGUUAAUGGUGCACAGCACAGUGUAUCAGUCGAGAAUUUGGAGCCAGCGUAUGGCAUACGCAAUGAUUUGUGUAGUGCGAUUCUAGAAGCAGGACAAGCAGCUAAUUCGUCUAGCAACGAGCGACCAACUUUGAGAACGUAUGCGCGCCCGAAGAGGAAAGUGACUCUCGCCAUAUAA